AUGGCGGAGGACACGGAGAGGAGGCUCAAGAGAGUCAUGGACAAGCUCUACCAUUCCCCCCCGCCGAAGUCUCCAACUCCGAGGUACUCCCGCGGAAACCCUAGGGGGAAAUUGUGUGAAGUCGGGUCGGGAAACACGUUGAUAUUGUGUCGUGUUGAUUGACUUUUUUUUUGGGUUUUUUUUUUGUGGGUUGUUUUCUGCGUCUGGCAGCUUUGGCAUGGGGGCGAGUACGCCGUUGAAGCGGCGGAGGUGGGAGCUGGGAUCGAAUGUCGAGGCCGCGAGGUCGGUGAGACGUGCGACGGGGGAGGACGGUAGGUCGCCAUGCAGGCCUUGGGACCGUGGGGAUCUGAUGAGAAGGCUGGCCACCUUCAAGGCGAUGACAUGGUUCGGUAAACCCAAGGUUCGGAUUCUGUCUCUCUCCAGAUCUCUCCCUAUUCGAUGGCGCUCGCCCGUUUAUUUUCUGCGGCGCCUUUUCAAAGGAGAAUGCUCGGAGGAGAACUAUGGGAAUUCAUAGAGAAAAUUUGGAAUGCUUUUUAAAUUAUUGGUUCUAGUGGAUAUCCAACUCCAGUGCUCUCUUGUGAUAGCUCAAGGUUCAGUAUGAAUCAUUGCAGCAGAGUGCUCUGCAACUUAGAAGGACAAUAUCGAAAUGGGCACCAUGCAUUUUCCUGGGGUCCCUUGUUUGUGGUGCUCCUACAAUCGAGAGUUUUACAUCCUGUUUUAUCCUCAUUUACCUUUGUUAGGCCGACAAAUAACCAUUCUCUGAUAAAAUGGCUGUGAACAAGCAGUUUAUAAUAGUCCACAAAACCAAUAUCUUUUUUUGUUUUGUAAAUGUGGGUGUAAGCCGCUAUGAUUUUCGUGCAGAAACAUGUCCAUAGUCAAACUUAUGUCAACGAGGCACUCACAUGCCAGUGUGGUGUAACACCUAGAAAGUCUAACAUACGGCCUGAUAUUGAAUUCAAAGUACUACAAAAAAACUGAAACCAUUCUGGAUCAUGAUACAGGAAAUAUUCCAUAUUUCUUGUCACAACAGACUGUUUCCUGUGUAUGAAUGAAUGACCCUUUAAAUCUUAUAUAUUUCCUCCGCUCUGCUUUGAUAAAAAAAGUUGAGAAAAAAGCUGCUAUAAAUGAAUAUUUCGUUGUUUCCCGUCAUUUAAUCCUGGAUAUAUAAAGCACUCGUUUUCAUCUCGGUCUAUCCUCCGCAGCUUUACACAUACAAACUUAUGAAAACAGUACUCUGUGUGACACCGAUGAUGCUGAACUUGAGGAAAAGAUGAUCGAUACUUUUCACAAAAUAUUCAUGAAGGAUGUGCUUUCUGCUUCUUUAGUUCUCGAAUUUUGAAUGUUUAUUCCCUGGGGCCGGUCUUCUCAUUGAGAUUAUCAAUGUUAUACUAAUGGGAUCAGAAGAAUAGUCAUUGCAGAGUGCAAUCCUUUGAAAAAUUGAGAUGAAUAGAUGCACCAUGGUUUUGUGCCCAGCCUAAAAAAGUUUCUUGCCCGACAAAUCAGCUAUAAAUAUGCAUUAACUAUAGGAAUAAAAUUAUUUCAGCAAAUAACACUCGUUCUAAGCUUUUUUCAGAUUUCAUUAGCGGUGGGAUGACUGUGAAAGGACGAAGUAAAGACCUUUUAAGGAUUAUUUUUUUUGGGUUUUAAAGAGAGCAUAUGUGUAUCACUUCAGUUUUAUUUCUUUUGAAGUAUGUUUCUUUGUGAUGAUGAAUCAUCUGCAGAUGUUAACCUUGUCUUAUGUGACACAGGCAAUUGAUCCUGUCAAUUGUGCGAGAAGAGGAUGGGUAAAUGUUCAGAUGGAUACUCUCGCAUGUCAAUCCUGUGGAGCACGUCUUCUUUUUUCUAAUCCUUCCUCGUGGACACUGCAGCAAGGUUGAUGGAAUAUCUUUUUUCGUUCAUGACGCUCUUGAUAUUUCUUAUGUUCAUGCAUUAUUAGAGUUUUUACGAGUUUCAGUUCAUGUUGCUGUCAGUCAGUAGUCUCUGAUCUGUCCAUUCAUCAUGAUGAAUACUUGCCAAUAGAAUUUUCCUCUAGAAAUUGUUUUGUUUUUUCCCCAAAGAAUCAACCCCCUUUUAUUUGCAUCAUUGUUUUUAAGAUACGUGGGCAUGUAAGCUAUCCACCAACUAGAACAUUGUUGCGCUUCAUUUUUAUAAACAUAUUGAUUGUCCUUUUCUAUGUGUAAGUCCUUCAUUGAGCAAUAAAUCCUCUGAUUGCAGUUGAAAAGGCUGCUGCAGUGUUCAGCUUAAAUCUAGACGGUGGACAUAAGUUGCUUUGCCCAUGGAUCGACAAUAUAUGUGAUGAAGCCUUGGCUGUUUUUCCUCCAACACCUGCUCCAGCAUUGAUUGAGAGUUACAAAGAACGUUCAACUGCCUUACUACGACUUUCAGCUCUUCCUGUCAUCUCGUCAACAGUAAUUGAUUUCAUGAAAUGUCCUCAGCUUGAUAAUUUUCUAUCACAACCAACUACUUUCACAUACAGACUAGAUGGUGGUAUGAAAUUGAUAAGUAGCUCUGAAAGCCUGGUUUUGAAUGGCGUUCCUGAAGCAGACACCUCUAACUUGUAUCAUCAGGUUUGUCUAGUUUGUUUUCUGGAUUGUAAAUGACCUCGUAUCUUAAUGGGAUUUAUUAUUUCUAGGUUAUGUGAUGGCACCUUGUUUUUUUCGUUCAAAUAAGCAUGUGUUCUUUCCCGACCAAAGCAGGCGUUGGAUCUGGGGGUUUAUAAAAUUUGGUUGCGUAUUUGAGUUGCAGUUGGAGAUCACUCCUCAUUUAAUUUUCUUCUAAUGCUAUUUUUUUGUCCAAUACUGAUGCACCAAGGAACUCCAUACCUCUUAGGUGAGUCAUGGAACAAUAUAUUGAUUGUCAAAUGAAUUCUCGCUUGUUUCAUCUCUAGACUGUCAUUUUUACACAAUAGUUGGUCAUCUCGAACAAAUGGUUAUUUUAUCCAGUAGCUUCAGGAGAAACAACUACAGUUUUAGCCUUUCAGUCCGUUGUCUCUUUCAACUCUGUGUAGUAUAAAGCUGACACACAUGGAACACUACAUAUACAUCCCUCCCUUUCUCUUUGGUGUGUAAUGAUCUUGGGUAAUGCCCACUUCUGAAAAGGCCAACUUUUUUCUUGGAUUCACACUGACCAAGUAAAUGAGAGCUCGAAUAAAUAAAAUAAUACCCUGGUUAAAAAAGAAAUCCGAUAUCUUAUUUCCUUGGAUUAUGGACGACUACAUGUUGGUAUCAUAUUUGAUUUUUGUAAAUUCCCCCAAUGUUUUUAGCUUCACCUUAUAAUCUUUUGUUUCACUGCUCAUUUCUUUGCUGUUUUUUCUCUUACGAAGAGUAUCUACUAAUAGAAAGUCCACGUACAGGCCCACAAGAUCAUAAGUUUAUGUGGAUGGGAACCCCGUCUGGUUCCUUAUGUUGUUGACUAUGGCCAUGAGUCUAAACAAUCUUUCAAAAGGGACAAGGUGGCAGAUUCUUCACCAAGGAUUCUUGGUAAUCAGAAUCUUGCUAGUGUUACAUCAUCUUCAGCCAUUUUCAGAGAGAAAGAUGACGAACGGUGUGAUCAUCCAGCUGCUGGUGACCCUUAUGAUCCAGCAUCUGUAGUAUUAGAGUGCAAACUCUGUGGAGCAUGUGUUGGAUUGUGGGCUUUUAUCACUGUGGCGCGGCCAUUAGAGAUUUUCAACUUGAUUGAGUCCCCUGAGGAUGGACAAAAUGAUCUUGCCGCUUGUGGCUCAGAUGGUUCAACCCAACACCAGAAAGCAUCAAGUUUAAGUAUGACCAUUGGAGGUGGCCCUCCACCAACGAAGCAACACUUCAAACCAAGAAUUUCCUUGCCCAUUGUCGCCCGCCAUUUCAGAGCUGCAUUUGAGAAAGAUGUGGAGAUCAACAGCCAUGUCUCCAAGGCGCAAGCUAUGGAUCAAUCAUAUACCCAAAGCCCAUUAGAGAAUCAAGUGGGCUCUAUGAACAUUGAUCUUCUUUCUGAAGAAGCUUCAGAAAUAUUGAAGCAAAAGGAAGCUAUUCGGCCUCAUCUGAAUGGAGAUGCCAGUCUGAUGCACGAGGAGGGACAUGAGCAAAGCAGUGCAAAUACCCAUGAAUUCCUGGAUAACGUUGCUGAGGAUGCAGAAAAUAGAUUAUCUCCCUCUACUGACCUUGUGGAUGAUAUUUUUCUUCAAACCGAAGAAGGCACCUGUGCACUCCCUGAUAGUGUUCUAUCCAACAGUGAUGAUGGUCGUGUGCAUAGCCCAGCAAUGGGGGAAGCCAACAUUUUCAGCCAAGAUGGUGAUGAUUUUCCAGGAAUGGAUGCACAAAUCCACGGAACAACCCCCCAAAGUAUUACACCUGAUUCAUCAGUGGAUGCGCGUCUGAACGGGCGGGAUGGUGUACAUGUGGCAGGAGCCAUGGAAACUGACGCUCCACAGCCCCCUGUGGAUAGAAGUACAGACAGUCAGGUUGCUGCGCAGAGGACCCCACACCAGAUUUCUGUGGUUGAUGAUGUGGUUACUGAGUGUACUUCCUCCUGUAAGUUUCCUCACUAUCUUUUUCUCAGAAAAUGGUGGUCACUUGCCAUUAUUAGAAAUUUAAAUGGGCUGAAUUCACUGUGAUGCUUUACUCCAAUGAUAUCACUAUUUCAUUUUCUUUGAGAUCCGCCUCCAAAACUUACGUGUUCUUUAAUAUGUAGUAUUUCAUAUUAAUUUUUAGUUCAGCAUUAAUGCUUCCUGAGUCUUUUUCACAUUCUCUUUCUCAACAAUUUCUCCAUGUUCUGGUAAAUCUUUAGUUGACUUAAUUCGUGCACCGUAGUUGACUUAAUGAUGCUACACAAUCGUAACUUUUUAUUUUUAAUAUUUACUGGUGCGGAUUGUCAUGGAUGCAGUGGAUAGAAGGGAAAAUUAAUCAUUUGAAACACGCUCUGACCAAUGUUUUUGAUUCCAUGGACGAUCAUUCAAAAAAUCUCUUCAGUAGAUUGACCAACAUGAACGAUGUGCCUGCUCUGGUGCUGCAGGGAACAAACCCAGUCUGGACUCUCAGCAGGGUGAUGCCAACAAGUUCGAUCCAAUUCGGCAUCACCGCCCAUUCUGCCCUUGGGUUGCCUCAAUGGGAAAGAAGGACUUGCCGGGCUGGAAGCUGACUCUGAAGGCUCUAACCAAAGACGAAUCCUCUCCCUUGGCCAAGCCGCCACCGCUGCCGCCACCGCCAUUGUCUGACGAGGUUGGGGCUCAUCAUCGGUCCCUUAAUAGUCGCGCUCUGGUUCUAGGGUUCAUCGAAUGUGUCUGAAUUCUCUGCAGGCCGACGACCCGAUCCUCUCGAUCCGCAGGCUCUUCUCCUCCCCAUCUUUGAAGAGAUCAAAAGGGUCAUCAGGUUGAUGGGUGUUCCCGUGUUCUUCUCACUUGAUGCUGCUUCCACUGAGAUGGAGAUUGAGCCGACCCAGAUGAACCAGCAGAUGGAAAUUGGCGAAUUUCCAGUGAAAAAAUGGCAAUUUCUCUGUCAGAACCAGAAAUUGUUAGAUGCAGGAUGA